AUGGCUGAUCUCAAACGCAUAAUUCGGUAUGUACAGGGUACUAUUGACCAUGGUUUGCAUCUUUAUCCAUCUUCUAUUUCUACACUUGUAUCAUAUACAGAUGCUGAUUGGGGUGGGUAUCCUGAUACAAGACGUUCCACAUCUGGAUAUUGUGUGUUUUUGGGUGACAAUUUGAUAUCUUGGUCAUCUAAACGACAGGCUACUCUCUCAAAGUCUAGUUGUGAAGCAGAGUACAGAGGUGUGGCCAAUGUGGUUUCAGAGUCAUUGCAUUAUCAGCGUACCAAGCAUAUUGAGAUGGACAUCCUUUUCGUACGUGAAAAGGUGGCUAGAGGUGAAGUGCGAGUCCUCCAUGUUCCGUCUAGGCACCAAAUUGCGGACAUUUUUACAAAAGGACUACUCCGGGUAUUAUUUGAAGAUUUCAGAGAUAGUCUAAGUGUUCGUCCUCCUCCUCCCGCUUUUGACUAA